UUUACUGGAAAAGCCCUGAGAAUGGCUUCACCAUCGAAUGUGACCAUUUGGAACCUGAGUGGGAAAUGGAUGGGAAAUAGAUCAAAAUCGGAUGAUCCUGAACCUUCAUUGAAAUUGCAAGGUAUUGGUUGGGCUCUCCGGAAGGCUAUCAUCUGUGCAAACCCAGUUGUUUGUAUCUCUGCGUACACAAGCACUCAGGAGAAGACACCGUCAACAUACAUAGAUACAAUUUUCCGGACUCCAGUGGCAGAUAUCCUUGACGCGCGGGUGUUGAAUUGGCAGAAGAUAAAGCACACUGAUUUUAUCUUUGGUUCGGUGAACUGCCAAACAACUUGGAUCGGUGGUCUUGUAGGCGAAGAGGGAAGGACACGGCCGAACAUACAGGGGAGCAUAGGAGACGAAAAAGCUACUAAGUUCCUCAGAGGAGAAAUCCUGGCUGAUGGGAGUAAGUGUGACGGGUUUCUGGUAGAAGAGAGAUAUGGGAAAGAGGAAGCAUUGUGGAUUCAUACAAUCGAUCAGCAUGAGGACGGUCAUUGGAUGGACGAAACGAUGUGGGGAUUUGAGUUGAUCAAUGGAGAGCGAUAUCAUACUCGUCGAGUUAUAACGAUGGACAACAAGACCGGUCGAUACGAGCUGGUGCGGGUAGUUUUCCUGUUCAUAGAAUGAGACGCAAUUUGCUUUGCGCUUAAUUGUUCACUCAUGUUUGUUGACAUAAUGUACUUCCCUACCGACUGGCGC